CAAAACUCAUCGCAUGCUCGCUCUACACAUCCUCUCGCCCUCGCGCUCGCCUUCGCGCUUACCCUAUUCCUCCUCUCCUACACUCUCUUGUCAUCCACCGCGAGCAUGGCCAACACGCAAACGACGCAGGCCUUCUACAGCCUCACCCUCCAAGCACCCUCCGCAACCCAAUCCGCCGUCACUUGCGCCGUGAUCCCCGGCCUCAAGGCAUCAGAACAACAGAUAUUCGAAGCAUGCGGGCAGUACAUCCGUCUGCGCCGCAUCUACGAGAAUGAGGAUCGCAGCGAAGUCAGAGUAAGUACCAUUGUCGAGCAAGAUUGCUUUGGCAUUGUGAGGGGCGUGGCGGCAUUCAGGAUUCCGGGCACGGCGACGGAUCAGUUGAUUUUGAGUUCGGAUUCGGGGCGUUUGACGAUGUUGAACUACGACCACACGAAGAAUGUUUUCACGAGGGUGCAUAGCGAGACGUUUGGCAAGUCGGGUGUCAGGCGCACAGUGCCGGGGCAGUACCUGGCGUCGGAUCCGCGAGGGCGAUGUUGCAUGCUUGCGUCGACGGAGAAGAACAAGAUUGUGUACAUUGUCAAUCGGAACUCGGAAGGCGGCAUCCUGAUUUCCAGCCCACACGAAGCGAACCAGUGGGCGAGUCUGUGUUUCGCCGUGUGCGCUCUCGAUACCGGCUGGGAGCACCCCAUCUUUGCGGCACUCGAGGUCGACUACGGCGAGAUUGAGAGUGAUGCAGGAGGCGUUGCUGGGAUGUACGAGAGAAGGGAGAAACAGCUGGUGUACUACACCGUCGAUCUGGGUCUGAACCACGUGGUCAAGAGCUGGAGUGAUACGGUUGAUUACACGGCGAAUAUGAUCUUCGGUGUACCCGGCGGCCAGGAUGGACCGUCAGGAGUGCUGGUAUGUUGCGAAGACCGCAUCUUCUACCGCCACGACAAGAACCCGGCGCUCUGUAUACCCAUUCCCCGACGAAAGGGACCGACUGAGGAUCCGCAACGCAAGCGAAUCAUCGUGUCGGGGUGCUUACAUCUCUCGCGUGCUCGCCACGAGUUUUUCUUCCUCCUCCAGACGGAGGAUGGGGAUGUCUUCAAGCUUACCAUGAUGAUGGCGAAAGAUGCACAGGAUCGUCCAACGUCAACCCCGGAAACGCUGCAUCUGAGAUACUACGAGACGUUCCCAGUGGCGAAGCAGAUGCUGCUCAUCCGGAAAGGUUACAUCUACAUUGCGGCCGAGAACGGGAACAACAAGCUGUAUUACGUGAGUGAUCUAGCAGACGACCCUGACGUGGAGCCUUGGAACGACUUCACAUCCGAAGAGUACAGCGCAGACCUGGAGGAAACAUCCUACGAACCCCUCUACUUCCAACCUCGAGAUCUCCAGUUUACAUCUCUCGUCUCCGAUCUGGCGACGAUGAACCCACUGAUGCGGACCUUGGUCGAUAAUCCGCUCAACGAAGAUGCCCCGCAGAUCUACGCACUACAAGGCACCGGCAACGCCAGCACAUUCAAAACCCUCCGUCACGGUCUGGAAGUGCAAGAGAUCGUCUCUUCACCGCUGGGAAACAUGGACUAUAAUGGUCUAUGGUCGCUCAAACAUCGCGCUUCCGACCCGCACCACUCCUACCUCAUCCUGAGCACCGCUUACGGUGACAAAACAAUCACUCUGAGCAUUGGCGAUGAAGUUGAAACGAUGGAGGAUUCUCCCUUCCUUGCGUCCCGAGCGACGAUCGAGGCCGCUUUGAUGGGCGACGCCACUUUGGUGCAAGUGCAUGCGCGCGGCGUGAGGAGCAUCUUCGAAUCAGGGGUCGUGGACGAGUGGCCGACACCCGCGCACAGGACCAUUGUCGCCGCCAGCAGCAAUGAGAGACAGCUUCUGGUCGGGCUGAGCUCGAGCGAGCUGUGUUACUUCUUCCUCGGUGACGAUGGCGUGCUGCACCAGCUCGACGAGAUGCCCGAAAUGAGUGGCAAAGUCACUGCUCUUAGCGUUGGAAAGACUCCCCGCGGAAAACAGCAAGCCAAAUAUGCCGUCGUGGGAUGUGACGAUUGCACGAUCCGUGUCAUGAAGAUCGACUUGGAGCAUCCGCUUGAGCCAUGCAGCGUUCAGGCUCUGAGUGCCGUGCCUACCUCGAUCGAGGUGGUCGAACAGAUUGAUCCAGAGAGCGGAACUCCGCUUACAUACGCACAUAUUGGCCUUCAAUCUGGGCUGUACUUGCGAGCGGUCAUCGAUGAGCAGAAUGGUGAACUGGGUGAAGUGCGCACCAAGUUCCUCGGUCCUCGGGCGACUAGAAUCUUUCCAAUCGAGCUCUUCACCGAUGACGACGAAGCCGAUGCGAGAGGGGGCAACUUUGGCAUAGUCGCAUGUUCCUCUCGGCCGUGGAUGGGAUACAACCAUCCGCAAACGAAUCUGUAUACCCUGACUCCACUCGUGACGAAGCGAAUCGAAGCCGCGGCCUCUUUCGUUACUGGCGAAAUCCGGGGCAUCUGCGGUAUUCAGGGAUCGGAGCUCUUGAUUUGCAGCGUGCCGGCGCUGGACAAGGGCGAGAUGAGCCAGACGGAGGUCAAGUUGAAUUACACGCCAAGAGCGAUGGCGCGAAACCCCUGGUUCCCAAUCUGGUAUGUUGCUCAGAGCGACGGGAAUACGAUUUCCGCGGCCACGAAGCAGGGUCUUCUUGCGAACGGGACGGUCAACGGGGACAAGAUGGAAGAGAAUGGCGAGAAUGGACACAACACUAGCGAACUGGAGCGCCACCUGGGCUUGUCAAAGGGCACGGGACACUGGGCCAGUGCUAUCAGUGCGGUCGAUCCAUUUGACAGCCAGAGCAUCACGUCCAACAUCGAAUUGACGGAGAAUGAAGCGGCUCUUUGUAUUGCGGCUGUGCCGUUCUUCUCGAGGGAGUGGGAGGUCUUUGUCGCCGUGGGCACCGGUCAGCAUAUGCAGCCGGGCAGCGGCCUCGAGAGCAAAGGCUUCCUUCACAUUUAUCGCCUUUUGGAGGAUGGGAAGAAGUUGGAGUUUUACCACAAGACCGACUUCGACGUGCCCAUCUACGCAAUCCACCCCUUCCAAGGGCGCUUGGCCAUCGGUCUCGGCAAUGAGCUUUUCAUCUACGACAUUGGCAUGAAAGCGCUUCUACGGAAGAGCAGAGGCGUGGUGGUGCCCAACCAGAUCGUCAGCAUUCAGUCGCAAGGAAAUCGAAUCAUCGUCGGCGACGUCAGCGAGGGAGUGACGUACGUGGUGUUCAAACCCAAGCACAACCGCAUGGUUCCUUUCGUGGACGACAGCAUCCGCCGCUGGACGACGGCGACGACAAUGGUGGAUUACGAGACAGUGGCGGGUGGCGACAAGUUCGGCAAUCUCUGGCUGGUACGAUGCCCCGAGCAAGCCAGCCAGGAAGCGGACGAGGAAGGAAUCAACGGGUACAUUGCCAACGAGCGGGCGUACCUCAAUGGCACGCCGUACCGUCUGGAGCUACGCGCCCACUUCUACGUGCAAGACAUCCCGACGAGCAUGCAGCGCACCGCGCUCGUGGCAGGCGGGCAAGAAGUGCUGUUCUGGUCUGGCUUGCAAGGGACCAUAGGCAUACUGGUACCCUUUGUCAGUCGCGAGGACGUGGAGUUCUUCACGCAGCUCGAAGGGUUGAUCCGCAACGAGGAGCCGCCGUUGGCGGGGCGUGAUCAUCUCAUGUACCGCGCGUACUACGUGCCAGUCAAGGGCGUGGUGGACGGGGAUUUGUGUGAGCGGUUUAUGCGUCUGAGCGUAAAUUCGAAGAACAAGAUUGCGGGGGAGGUGGAGAGGGAGGUGAGGGAGAUUGAGAGGAAGGUGCAGGACAUGCGGACGAGGGUGGCAUUCUGAGGGGGCUGAAGCUGGUCGACACGACUUGCAUACGAUACGAAUGAUGCAUGAUUGGCGUUUGGGCGACAGCACGAAGGCGGGGUUGAGCGAGGAAGGUGGCUUUGUUUAUGAUACCCAACGGCUGCGCGUUGACAUCUGCAAUCGAUUGUGUACGUGGUAUACUUGCUGAUAGGAGCCAAAUGCUGCAUCGAUCGCCAGUACAUCGAUACGGAAGGAUCGCUGAUUUGCGAUGUCUCACCU